UAAGGGAACGUAGCAAAAAGGAAACGGCAACGUCCGUAUAAACCGUCACACAUACAUACACACACCAUGUGGCAGUGACCCUCCCUUGUGCGCACAGUUUAGCUCGCGCAUUCUCGAAAGUAGAUGUGGAGGGAAGUGCACGCUCAUCAUCCCCGUGAAAAAGGCGGACAUGCAGUCUGUGCGUGACAGUGACCAUGUAUGUGCUUUGUGUUAUUUGACGAUUGUGCUGCACUACGGUCGUCGGUGCUCGCGGAAUACUGUGUGUCAAUUCAUUUCAGAUAAUUGGCUCCUCUAUCUGAACUAAUAGCGACCGGUAAAAGUUCCCAAGUAACAGACACCUGUUCGGAAGUACAGUUAUCUUUAAUUGCGAUAACAAUAAAGAGAUAAGUAAACGGUGACAAUACAUAUGAGUAAUUGCGGCCAGACAUAACAGCUAUAUUCUGUUAUAUGUAUGUGUGUGCCGAUGUGCACGCAAUUUUGAUUACGCUUAAGUAAAUUGAUACCGGGGACGAAAAUACCUUAUUUUCUAAAAUUUCGAUACGAAUGGCAAUUAUUUCGUUUUCCUUUGAAACGGUAGUUAAGCGGACGGUUAAACUCGAGUACGACUCCAACUGAGGGAGCGGUCUAGUCACUGCUACAAAUACCUCAAGCGUUUUUACUUCUCUGUCUUCCUUCAUUCGAAUUUGAGAAAUAGGAUAAAGAAAGAGAAAAGCUUCGAAACGCUUGUAGCGGUCACUGGACUGCACCUUGAGAUAGAAUAAUAAGGAUAUAAGUCGCCGGCCAAGUGGAAUUUGAACUUUUUGUUAGCUACAACGAAUCUGGAAGAGAGAGUGGGGGAUGAGAUAAUUACAUAGAAAAUAAUCGGCAGGCCAAUCCUGGCGAGACAUUGAUUAUAUAAAAUUGGCAGAGCAGUCACGAAAGUAUCGACAGUGGGAGAAAGGCACAGUUCGUCUGCGUCGCCUGUUGAAUGAUAAACUUAUCUGCUGUAGAGAAGUGAAUUUCUCAUCAUGAUGAUCCUUGUCAAGUCAUUGCGCAGUGUUCUUGCAAAAAGCCAAAUUAAUUUGUCUACAAAAUCACAAUUAUUAAGACAUAAUCAACAUGUGGCUGUUGGAAGAUUAGCACGCAUGCUGUCCUCUCAUCAUUUCUCAAAGAAUAUUGAGUUCCUUACACAAGACAAUCGCAUCAUAUCACCCAACAGCACUGUACGGAAUGUGACAAACAAUCGCCCAUUGUUAAUUAUUCUCACUUGGUUAAUGUCAAAGCGACCACAUGUUAUGAAGUUUGUUAACUUAUACAUGGAGCAAGGAUUCGAUGUAGCAUUAGUAUCUCUCACACCCUGGCAACUUAUGUGGCCUACAAAAGGCUCCAAGCUCGUUGCAGUAGAUCUAUUGUCUUUCCUGAAGCAAAACGAAAGUUACCAACAGAUCCUGCUACAUGGCUUUUCAGUAGGUGGUUAUAUGUGGGGCGAAGUUUUGGAUUCCAUGCAAAGAGACAGGGAGAAAUACAACGACAUUGCAAACAGGAUCGUCGGACAAGUGUGGGACAGCAUAGCCGACAUCAACGAGAUUCCGAUUGGUAUGCCUCGUGCUGUGUUCCCGAAAAAUAAGGUGCUGCAGACGGCGUUGCAAAAAUAUAUGGAAUAUCACAUGAAAACGUUUUACAAGCAGUCGACGCAAUAUUACAUUCGGUCUAGUCAAUUGUUCCACACAUCUUUUUUGCGUGUGCCAGCAUUAUUAUUUAUAAGUAAAACCGAUCCCGUUGGCACGGUGACCAGCAAUCUGAAUUUACGUGAUAACUGGGAAUCUUUAGGAAUAAAGACUUACGUCAAGAUAUUCGAGGAGUCACCGCACGUUGCUCAUUUCUAUACAUAUCCAAAGGAAUAUGUUGCCGAACUUUAUGCCUUCUUGCAAAAAUUGAAUUUGAUACAGAACGAAGAGAAGAUUAGGGCACGUCUUUAGUUAUUCGAGAUCAGAUAUUUUUUUUCCAAAUAGGUAUAUUAUAUUUUUAUACGAAGUUGCCAUUUUGCACGUUUUUACAUAUAUAGCACUUCACACAUUCGCAUACAUAUAGGCAAACAUAGAGACAAGUCUGUGAAUAUAGGCAGUAUAAAAGUGCCUUUGUAUGUGUUUAAAGACAUAUUUGCAUCUAAAAAAAUAUUUAAAUGUAAAAUUGGUAAAUAUUAGGAUAGAAUUUAAAUAGAAUAGAAAAAAUAUUUAAAAAAUAUAGAAAACGAUUAUCAUUUUGUACUAGUAAUUUUCC